AUGGCCACCGUCCCGCAGCGCGACCGCGUUUUUGCCUUCCGCGAUUUCGUGGUUCGGACCUUCGAAGAAGAGCUGCGCAGCGGACCUGUCUUGGACAUGGCUGGAGGAAAGGGCGACCUGUCAUGGCUUCUGGUGAAUGCAGAUGCUGCCGACGCAGUUGUUGUGGAUCCGCGAGUGACGGACCACACAAAGAUUUCACGCACUGCUAUGUGGCAUUUUGAGACUCGUGACUGGGACAUCCGCGAUCUCAGAACCGAACGUGGCCCUCAAGGACCGCUUCGUGCCUUGCACUUGGAACCGCCCUUUGCAGUGCCGCGGCAUCUCCGCGUCUUCAUGGACCAUGAUCUGCUUGCAGCUCGGCAGUCCACCGCCUGGGAGGAGUUCUGGACACAGGCCUCCAACAAGGCGGAAGCACUCACACAAAGAGGAGCAGGACACCACCAGUCCUCUGAGCAGGCACGAACUCAAGGAGUUUUGCGAGCCCAACGCAUCCAAGAUUCUGCGGAGGCCGCGACUGUGCUGAAGUCUUGCAGCCUCAUCCUUGGAUUUCAUCCCGACCAGGCAACAGAGCCUGCUGUCGACCUCGCGGUCGAACAGCGGAUUUCCUUCGCAGUAUGUCCGUGCUGUGUCUUUCCGAAAGAGUUCCCGCAGAGACAGCUGCGUGGCCACCGUGUGAAGACCUACCCAGUCCAGAUUUUCGGCCAGAAAUUAGCAUGUCUAGGAGGCUUUCGGGUAUCUCGCGCUAUGGCUAUGUCCGAGCUGUUUGAAGCGAUGGAGUCUGCUCUGGGGCAGGAAAGGACUUCCUACGAGUGGACCCUGGCUUUCACAAUUGCCCAGAUUCCUGUCGUGCUUUUUGUCCUGGCCAGCACGGGCGGGUUUGCGUUGGUUCGGAAGUUGCCCAAGUGGCUCUGGCGCUGCUGCAGGUGCCUAUGCUUCCGGAAGAGCCAGGAAGGAGACUCCAAGCUCAAAGAGCUCCAGAAUCAGUACCGGAUGCAGAUUGCGAAAUCAGCGGCAGCUCUGGGACUACUCUUGAGUGCGGCAUAUCGGCUCUACCAGCUGGCCAACGGAACGCUUGUUGAACGGAUCCAUCGUGAUGCCAUCUUGCUCGCCUGGGAGAUUCUACUUUUUGCUGUUUUACUACUUAUUCUGUGCGGGAAGAUGGCAUGGCGAUGGAUGAACUCUGCCUACUUCUUGUUAAUGUUGAUUCUGGCCAGUACUGUAUUGCCAGGCAUGAUAGGACCAGCAAACCUCGUCAUUGCGAUCUCGAUGACCUGGCUUCUGCGAUGCAGCAUCCUGCCACUGACUAAUUCGGUCGAGCUAGUGCUUAUCAGCAAUUUGAUCUGCCACGUGUGCAUGCGAGUUUCCACUGCGAGGAUGCUGGAAAUGAUUCCAGGUGGCCAAUCUGCCGUGUGGCGACAGCGGGCCGAGUUUUACAUACGUUUCGUUGACAAUUCCCUCGCUAUUGACACCGUCCUGUCCUUGCUCUCCUGCCUAGCCAGCAGUUGGCUCCAAAACACAACGUCUUCCAUUGUGGAGAAGAGCCUGGAGGCGGCGAUGUUAAAAAACGAGGCCAGGGCUUGUGAGUCCCUCUUGGCAACCUUCUGUGAGGCACACCUUUUCUUAGAUUCCCAGCUCCGACUCGUCAAAAAUGUACCGAAUCUCGCAUCCAUGCUCUUCCGUGCCAACAACAACGCUGGCACAGACUUCAUGCAGUGCCUUGCGACUGCAGACGACAAGGAGCGCUUCAUAGAAGGAGUAAAUCGGCCAGAUGCCGAGCGACCUUUCCUGGCGCAAGCAAUGCAUUUGGCUCUCCGCGAUGGCUACGGAAACACGGUGCCCGUGGAGUGCUUCCACGUGAAGACAGUGGAUGGCCACGGAGAGAUUCGACAUUUGGUGGGUCUUCGGGAAGAGACUGAGGCCAAGAUGGUUUCCUCCGCCUCCGCUCCCCCGAGCUCUCCGACGUUCCACAAGAGCCUCAGCGAAACCUCCGAUUCCAGUGGCCACCCGGACCCGGACGACUCCGAGCAGGCCUUUCUCAUCUUCGAUGCUGCGGAGCUGGACAUCAUGGGAGUGUCUGCGAACUUCAUGGAUGCAACAGGCCUCAACAUAUCGGAUGAGGCGAAGUUCUCAGAUUUGGUGGAUUUCAACGUUGACUUCCGAAGGCGGUUGGCGAAAACCAUUGGUGAGGCUGGAAAACAAGUAGCGAGCGAAGACCCGGAGAAUCCAGCUCCGGCGGCACACUUCCGGACGCAGCUGCACAUGAAAAUGCGCAACUACGCGGCAUUUGGGGAUGCUGUUGAUUUUCCGUCUUGGUUCAAUAUCCCUGCCUGUAUUCGGAAACUGAACUACUCUUCGAGACCGUACAUCAACAGCCCAGGCAACGGCGGUGUAACCAAGUCGAGGUGGAAGUUUAACGUGCAGAAGCAGCAUGGGCAGCUCAUCGUGCAAGGAAUACUCCUGAAGACAGUUGAUCGGCUACGCUCUCCGCGGGGCUCCGGCCGCAGAAGCACCAGGAGACGGCUCUCCGAGCCCUUGGAAUUUAUCGAGUACCUGUGCCAGAAGCACCCCUCCAUGCGCACUGUUGAUUUGGCAUUUGAGCCCGAGGAAAAGCAGAGUGGCACCGUCGUCGUCACGCCAGACGCGGCUACCUCUGCGAGAGCCACGGAGGAACGUGGACAUUGGCUGGCGCGUGCUGAUGCAAUCAUGGCCUGCGACCCAGCGGUAUUUGAGGCAGCAAGGAUCGAGACGGCACCAGAACGACUCCAGGAUUGUGGCGAGCAGUUGAAAGGUCUGUUUGAAGCAAACAUCGAUCAGUGCUGGGAGAUGUGCCAGCGCAAGAUCAAGACGCCAGUGCCCGUCACGCAGAACUGGCUGGUCUGCAGCCUGCUCAAACUGCUGAUGGCGUUGCUGAGAUGCGAGCUUCCACUCGACCCCGAGAAAGACAAGCAGGACCUCCCGAUGAAAGAGAAGGAGGUCAAGGUUGAGAACAUGUUCUGGCUUGCUUUGGUCUGGAGCUUCGGUGCUACGACGGACAGCGCAGGGAGGAAGAUCAUGAACUCGUUCAUCCGCUCGAUCCAGCAGGGCAUGCCCGUCAAGGAAGAGUUUGACCUCAUCGCUGACGACCCCACCAUGAGGCCGGUGACAAAGACGCCCUUCCCAGAGAAAGACACCGUGUACGAGUAUUUCGCCUUCGCUCAGUCCAACAAGUGGGAGAACUGGACAAAGAAGAUUACUGGCUUCGACAUUCCAAAAGAAGCCUUGGCACACCAAGUGAUGGUUCCGACUGCAGACACCGUGCGGAGUGCCUUCCUUCUGCAGUCCUUGGUUGCUUCAGAGUAUCACAUCUUGUACUCCGGCUUGACGGGCACCGGCAAAACUGUGGUGAUUCAACAAGAGCUGCUAAAGCGAUUUGACAAAGACAAGUACACGGUGAUCUCGUUUGCGUUCAGCGCGCAGACCAAUGCGAACCAGACGCAGGACAUCAUUGAUGGCAAGCUUGACAAGCGAAAGAAGGGCACCUAUGGACCUCCUUUUGGCAAGAAGUGCUUGCUUUUCAUCGAUGAUCUGAACAUGCCUGCCAAGGAGAAGUAUGGUGCUCAGCCACCGAUUGAGCUGCUCCGCCAGUGGAUGGACACUCAAGGCUGGUAUGAGAGAAAGACCGCAGAGUUCCGAAACCUGGUGGACCUGAUUUUCAUCGGCGCAAUGGGCCCGCCGGGUGCUGGACGGCCUUUCUUGACAGGCCGAUUUCAGCGGCACUUCAACCUCGUCUUCGUCACUCCGUUCGAACAAGAGAGCCUUCAAAGGAUUUUCCAGACCAUCAUGCAGUGGUUCUUGGGCCGAUUUCCUGGGGCUGUGGCCGGUGUGGCGAACGCAGUGGUGAGAUCCACAAUACAGCUUUACGAGGACAUGUCUGCGGCGAUGCUGCCCACCCCGGCAAAGAGCCAUUACACGUUCAACCUCCGCGAUCUGGCGAAGGUCCACCUCGGAAUUUGCCGAUGCCAGAAGAAGUCCAUGGAGUCGGCCGAUGACCUCGCGAGGUGUUGGGCGCAUGAAGCCCACCGCGUGUUUUAUGAUCGUCUCGUCACGAAAGACGAUCAGACAUGGUUCCGGGAGAAGAUGAGCGAGAUUCUAAAGGAAAACUUCAAGAAGGAUUGGAAGAGCUUAGUCAAGGUCGAGCCUUUGAUCUGGUGUGACUUCAUCGACCCCAGGGCAAGCCACUACCAGCAAGUCGAGGAACCUGAUCAGCUUGUCCAGGUGCUUGACAAUUUCCUGAUGGAGUACAACUCAAUGGCCAAGCGAGGCAUGGAGUUGGUCCUCUUCAUGGCGGCGGCCCAGCAUGUCAGCCAAGUGGUGCGUGUUCUGAAGACGCCACUGGGAAAUGCGUUGCUGGUGGGCGUCGGAGGCAGUGGCAGAAAAAGCUUGGCGACGCUUGCUGCUUUCGUUGCCGAGCAGGAGACCUUCCAGAUCGAAAUCACGAAGAGCUACGGCAUGAAUGACUGGCACGAAGACAUCAAGCGCUUGCUGAUCCGUUGCGGUGGACAGAUGAAGGAGGCCUCGGUUUGGGCUGUCGCGACCAGGGCUCAGGUUUAG